CCAUUACAAACUAUAGUCACCAGUGGUGGUAAUACCAUAUUAACUAGUAUUCCGGUACAAGUAGUCGACAAUGACAAGGUACCUAUCAACAGACUCAAUACAGUACCAAAAAUGAAGGGUAAGGGAGAGAAGAGGACUGCCCAUAAUGCUAUUGAGAAAAGAUAUCGACUUAGUAUUAAUGAUAAAAUUAUUGAGCUGAAAGACCUAGUUGCUGGAAAAGAGGCUAAGUUGAAUAAAUCUGCUAUUUUAAGAAAAGCCAUUGAUUAUGUUCGAUAUCUACAAAAUGUUAAUACCAGAUUAAAACAAGAAAAUAUGACCUUGAAACUUGCAGCUAACAAACAGAAUUUGGAAGAAUUAUUAUCCAGUCCUCAUGAUCUAGUGGAUCCUUCCAUGCCACUUACACCACCUUCAUCUGAUCAUAAUUCACCUCUACAUAGUUCACAAGGUUUUGACAGUGAUUCAUCACCUAAUAGUCCUGGUUUUGAUGAUGGUCCAGGAUCCCCUAUGGAUAACAGUAUGGAUGACAGUUUUGAUAUGCAUUCAUCAGGCAUGAUGGAUCGUUCUAGAAUGGCUCUCUGUAUGUUUAUGUUUGCCAUUCUAGCCUUCAAUCCAUUUAAUUCCUUCUUUAAAAGUGGACCUGGAUCCAGUUUUUCAUCUGAAUCGGGUCAUGUUGGAAGAACUUUACAAAGUACAGAUUCAGACAGUAUAAGUUGGUAUGACUGGAUGAUGCCUACAUUAUUUAUGUGGCUAGUGAAUGGUAUUAUAGUAGUUGGUGUACUAGCGAAGUUAUUUGUAUUCGGGGAACCAGUAACAACUAAAGAAAGUAGUGCUACUGUCUCAUAUUGGCGCCAUCGCAAACAAGCUGAUGUUGAUAUAUCCAGGGGAGACUACUCUGGUGCUAAUAGCCAAUUAAGACUAUGUUUACUAUCAUUGGGUCGACCAUUACCUACAUCUAAAUUAGAUAUAAUCUCUAGUUUAUUAUGGCAGAGUUUUAGACAAUUGUUACAUAGAUUCUACCUGGGUAAAUGGCUAUGUGGUAAAGCAGGAGGAUUGAUAAAAAGAUCCAGUGCAGAAGACAUUAAAACAUCUGCUAAACAUGCCGCUUGGUCUUACCAUAAACUAAAUCAGUUACAUCUUAGUGGUCACUCUCAGCGUGGUGUCUGGUGGGGUUUAAACCUAUCUAUAUCAUCUGUAAAUAUGGCAGAAGCAGCUAAAGAUAGUCUGUCAAGAAUGGAAUUAGCUGAGAUAUAUUGUACCACAGCACUACAAGUUCGAAAUGCCUUCACCAAUAGAAUUAUGUUUAUGGCUAGAUAUUUUUUGAGUCGUGCUAGACAUGUUUGUGCUGGACGCAAUGAUGAAAUACCAGCAAGUAUACAAUGGUUAUGUCAACCAGAAGGUCAUAGAUUCUUUAUUGAUUCAGACUGGUCUUUGAAGUCACAAGAUACCAUAUUAUCCAGUCACAUUGAACAAAUUGACCCUCUGAUGCGUGUAUGUCAAGCUUAUAAAGAAGAAUUAUUUGAGAAAGCAUUAUAUUCCUUGGUUUCACCUAAAGUACCUGGCCGACCUGGUCAUUUAUCAGACACCAUGCAGUAUGCUCAGUUAUUAGAAGAAUGUUCUAUAGAACGUGGUAGUAAAGAUACAAUCAAUGAUAUCAGCCAAGCAAUUGCAUUUGAUGAAACAGCAAAAUGGUGGUCUGGUAUUGUCUGUGUAGCCUAUUAUUGGCUGAUGGGUGAUGAUGAAAAUGCAUCCAGAUAUUACUCUGUAUUGGAUGUGUUUCCAAAGCGUCUGCAAAAUCUAGAUGAUCCACUACCUAAAGCUGUAUUAUUUGCGUAUAAAGCUAGGAAAUCACUAAUAUUGCAACCAGAUACAGUGAAUGGUAAAUCUUGUAUUAGACAAUGUGAUAGAGCUGGUAGAUUACUCAGAGAAAGUUUAAAAUUAACUUACGUAUCGGAAAAUACUCAUAUAAUUAAGGGUUUACAGUUGUUAUUAUGUGAUUGGUUAUUGACAACAAGAACUGAAAUUUGGGAAUUAAAUCAUUUAAAUCAUGAAGAUACAUCUUGUACAGCCACACAAACAGAAUUAAUAGCUUUUCAACAAGAUCUAGCUAGCUUACGAAAGUUAGCACAAACUAUGAAAACAGCUUUAUCUAAGGUGUUUUUACAUGAAGCUACAGGUAGAAUGAUGGCUGGUGCUAGUCCAGCUAGAACACAACAGCUGUUAGAUUGUAGUAUUAGACGUAGAGUUAAAGUUGAUUUAGAUGAAUCUUCAUCAGAUGAUAGUGAUGUACCAGAAAGGGAACAAGCUACAGCUUUAUUAAUGGCUGGACGACAUCUACCAGAAGAAUUAGUAUCCAGUAUGUCUGAUAGAGUUAGUUUAAUAAAUGAAGCCCAGAGAAUGUAUGAAGUCUUGGGUGAUAAGAAAUCAGUUCAAACUUGUAGGAAAACAUUAAUAGAUAUGAAAGAAAGUGUACAAAAUAUAAAUGAAAUUCCAGUUAUUUAAUCAUUUUUGUGUUUUAAGAUGAAGUUUGUGUUCAAUUAAAUUAUUAUUAUAUUUCAUUUUGUGUUUUCAUUGUUUUUAUUUUACUGAAUGAUUAAUUUAUUUUGGUUGUGUAUAGGAUCUUUUCCAUUUGCUUUGUUUCAUAACAAUUUUGUUUAAAAAAAAAAAAAUAAAAAAAAAAAUGUGGCUGUAACUUAAUUCCAAAUCUCAUGUUUACUUCCACAUGAAUUUUGGACGAGAAUUAAGAAUCAAGUCUAUAACAUGUCUAAAAAAUGUAGAAGAGCAUGUGUUAAAAAAAAAUCCACAGGCCCCCCACUAUCUAUUUGAGCCACUAGAUCAUGCCUUGAAUAGACUUAAUUACCAUACAUGUGUGCCUUUUGGCCUGAUUUUAAAUUAUAUUUAUACAUGGAUUUAGAAAAUUCAUCUUUUUCGAGGUACAUCUUUAGAAAUGAAAAUAUUUAAAAUAAAACAAGACUUUAUUUUAUUUACGUUUGUUAAAACUAAACCUGUUGAAUUACAUGAUGUAAAUGAUAUCAAUUUUGUUUGCUUUUUUUGUUAACAUUUCCCUGUUUAUAGAUUAUUUUGUAUAUUAAUUUAUUUGUAUAAUACAGAUUAUACUCUGAGUAAAUGUAUGUACAUAUUUGGAAAGAUUGUGUAAUUUUUGUAUCUUUUUUGCCUUCAUAUUGUGAAUUAUCCUAUAGAUAUUAAACAUUUUUCAUUGAAAUUUACUUAUCUGAAUAAAUGAAAAGUGAUGUUGUU